AUGCCUGAUGUGAGCAAUGAACCUGCUACACACACCUCACCCGAAACCGCACUAAGUGAGACCGACCAAGCCGGCUCCAUAUUAGAGACAGCUGAAAGCCUCAUCAAAGAGCCUUCUACACACACUUCGCCAAAAACUGCACAAAGUGAGAUCAACCAAGCCGGCCUCAUACCAGAGACAGUUGAAAGCCUCACCCCAGAGCUUGCUACACACAACUCGCCAGAAAAUGCACGAAGGGAGAUCAACCCAGCCGGCUCAAUACCAGAGACAGCUGAAAGCCCCCUCCAAGCAACCAACAGAGUCAUGGGCUCAGUACCCGAUCAAUUAGAGUCUCCUGCUGCCAAUUCUGCCGAUCGCAUCCAUAACCUCGCCCGGCUUCUCACUGGUCAGCUCCAGCAAAACUAUGGCUGCUGUCAUACAACAGAAGAAGAUGAGGUAAUUGCCAAGGUCACUUAUCCUAUCGAUCGUCAUUCACUCCCGGCGUCGUUCAGUCCUCCUUUAGGUUAUCAUCUUACACCUAAGCUAAAGAGUCUCCUAACACAGCUGAGACACAUCAUAGAUGGGACGCUGGAAAGGGACCAUCUUACAAAGCUCAGGCACACCUUGAAUGAGAAGCUAGGGCGUAUUUCCGGCCCUGCAGUCACUGCGAACAUCGACUGCCCAAAGCUUCUCGCCAGGCUAGCUGACAGCUUUAAGUUCGUCAACAGUUACGAGUAUCGUGCGGGAGUUGAGCGGAUCCCCGAUGACUCUGAGUUCAACAUCGGCUGCCCAUGCAAUGGAAAUGAGAAUGGGUGCGAUCCUUCUAUUUGUGACUGUCUCAAUAUAGAAGAGGAUUCAGAUGAUAGGAUUGUGCCAUAUCAAAUCAGCGAAAACAAUGCUAAGCUCAUUGUUGCGACCAAGGACUUCCUCAGACGCAAAGCCAUCAUCUACGAGUGCAAUUCACGUUGCGGCUGCAGUGGUGAUCGGUACUGGAAUCACGGAAGGUCUAUCAAGUUGGAGAUAUUCAACACUGGCUCUCGGGGCUUGGGUCUCCGAUCUCCCGACUUCCUCCACCGAGGACAAUACAUUGACCUUUAUCUCGGCGAGGUGAUCACUAAAGCUGAAGCCGAGGAACGCGAGAACCUCACCGAAGGCUCACAUACGCAAUCCUAUCUUUUCUCAGUGGACUGGAACAUAAAGGACGACGAGGACGAAGACCGAAACAUGAAAGUCGUCGACACCCGCAAGUUCGGCUCCGCAACCCGUUUCAUCAAUCACUCUUGCAACCCUAAUUGCAAGAUCGUCCCUGUGUCCACCACCAAUCACGCCGAUGAAUACCUGUACAAUCUUACAUUUUUCGCAAACCGGGAUAUCGCACCCGGCACUGAGUUGACCUUCGACUACACCCAAGGAGAGGAACACACAACUGCCGCCGAAGUUGACCCUGACACGGUGCCUUGCCUAUGUGGUGAAGCCAACUGCCGCGGACAGUUGUGGCCGAACAAGCGCAAAGGCCAGGGAUCUAAGUCUUAG